AUGCAGGAAAAGGCCAAGGAGAUCUACAUGACCUUCCUGUCCAGCAAGGCCUCGUCACAAGUCAACGUCGAGGGGCAGUCCCGGCUCAACGAGAAGAUCCUGGAAGAACCGCACCCCCUGAUGUUCCAGAAGCUCCAGGACCAGAUCUUCAACCUCAUGAAGUACGACAGCUACAGCCGCUUCUUGAAGUCUGACUUGUUUUUAAAGCACAAGCGAACCGAGGAAGAGGAGGAGGAGCCGCCCGACACGCAGACGGCAGCGAAAAGAGCGUCGAGAACUUAUAACACAUGAGCCUCCCGCCCCCGCCGGCCCCCGCCCAGCGGUCGGCACUGGCAGCCCCCCGGCGCCAAGGGACUCACUCAGGACCAUCCAGGGUUAAGAAUCGCUUUGUUAUCUGCAAGGACUGAAAUGUACAAAACCCGUCCAUGGGAUACGUGUAUUUUAUUAGCUGCCUGACCAGUCAGUUUUGCAUGAUGGCUAAUCUUACGUAGAGAACACACAUGUUGCUUUGAAGUUUAAGUUCACAGACACACACGGGUGGAAGGAGCCCUUAAACACUGGACACUGAGCAUUUUACAGUUUGAUUAAACGUCACGCGAGGCCGCCAGGUGACACGUACAGCCACCUCUUA